AUGCCGAAGAAGACUUAUUCCAACACCCUUCGUGACCCGAGCGCUGGAGUCAUCCUGAAUCUGCCGAUUCUUGCGAUGAACGCCGAGCCCGCUGGAUCCAACAGGGCUGGUAUCGUGACAGGAAAUGUACAUCUGUGA